GAGUCGACACGAGGAGAGUUUCAUUUCACGUGUGAACUGUGUUUGGAUCGUGGCGUGGCCUGUGUCACAAAAGGUCCCAGCGGACAUCCCUUGUUUUCAUUCUGUCAGUGUGGUGAUGGCUACUUGUGCAUACCUUCGGCGCAGCCCUGCGCCGACGAAGACUAUAAAGCCCUCAGAAAACUGAUGGAUCUGUUGCGAUGUGCAUCUGUCGACAAUCUUGGCAUUUUGAAACGAAUCACCCAAGAGAUGGCCUCGGACCGAACCUUUCAGGAUCUCGACUGUGGCGUUUUUCCUCCUAGACACAUGUACAUGGGGAACAUCUUAAUCCCAUACGCGCUGAUGAAAUACAUCAUCUCUCUGUACCAGACCAUGAGCGAGUACGUUGACAACUUUGCAGUCAUAGAUGAAAAAACACCCCAUGUCCAAGUCUUGAUCGAGAGCCCCUCAGAGAACAUAGGUGUGAUUACCGGGCAAAUGGCUCUGACUGUCAUCUACGGAGCGGCACUCUCCACAAUUUACAGCAAACUCAACCAUGGCUCUCAAUACCUGGAGGGAUGUCAAGGACACGAACAAGUGAAAAGUCUUGCCAACAUCACACAAUUGACCAGCGACGUGUUGAUCCGAAGGACGCCUUUGAAUUUUACGUUGAAUAAUCAUAUGUCAUUGAAAGACUGGUAUGAGUUUUACUAUGGUUGAAGUGAUGUAUAAAAACCAAUGUUGUUACAUUGAGCUAACAGUGACAGGUAUAUUUUGUUACUGCAAAGUAUUCUUGGGUGAAAACAAAUGUCUUUGAAACACAUUACUAUUGCUUACUAAAUAAACAAACGACAGGUCCUGACUUGUUUUGAAUGAAGUCUAUGAACACAAUCAACAUUUGAGCAGCCACACUUUACUGACAUGGAUGUGGGUUAGGUUUGCGUUGAACUUGUUACCGAACUCCACUGUAAGCAAGAACAAAUACCAAUUUAACAAGCGAUGAAAUUUCAAGCAGCGGUGACGUGUUGCAAUGACUUUUGAACAUGUUGUUUUAAGCUUUGUUACAUGCAUUUUUGUAUCGAUAUUAUUGAAUUAAGAUAGUUGUGUCUGAAACAUGGCCAUUUGUUUUGUUUUUACUGACUAGAAAGAGUACACAAGAAAUGGGAAACAGGGAAGAAGAUCCAUCUGGGCUCUAAGGUGUGAUGAUUAAGUUGAGUGAAAGAGGGGACAGACAAGACGAGAGAUUGGAGCAUUUACCUAAGAAACAAUAAAAAGAACGGUUGUGGCCUGCACUGGUGGUAGAAAAUCUGAGAGAGAGGGAGAGAGAGAGAGAGAGAUACAGAGUGAAAGACCUCUCCUCCUAAAGCCCACCGUUAUGGAUAUGAAACUGCUCACACUGAUGACCCUGCUGGCCAUAGCCACACACGUACCAAAAACCAAAGCCAAGCCCAUCAGCCUGAUGGAGCGAUGCCUCUGCAAUUCUACUCUGAAUAAGCCUGCCCAGCGCUUUGUCAAGGAACUCAAAGAAAUCAAGGUCAUGUACAAGCCCAGCUGCCCCUUACAAGUCAUUGGAAAGCUGAAGAACAACAGAAGAGUCUGCAUCGACCCAGCAACUAAGUGGCUGCAAAAGUACUUGAAGAAAACCAUUGAUAACUUAAGGAAUCCCAAAAGACUCAGCAGCAAUGAUGAUGACGGUGAAGACAACAAUAUCAAAAAGAAAGAGUAAACUUCACCCUUGUCAUUGCUAUGGAUCUAUGCAAAAACACAGAAUGUGCAUGUCCAUGUCUCUGGACCACCUGCAGAACCAACACAUAACUUCCCAGCCAGUGCCGUCUUAUCACCAACACAGAUGUUGCUUCACUUCACCGCAACAUGUUGCUCCAAAGGACACACAUCAUUAUUGAAGGAUGGACACAAGUUCUACUCUGGGUUAAAGGAGCAAAGAGGACAAGAUCAAGCUUGCCGCAUUAAGCCAAGAAUGAUGUGUUCAAUACUUUGCAUUAAGCUAUGGAAAUGGGUUCUUAAAUAAAGCUGCAUGUCUCUGAAACAUAGCCGUUGUUAUUGUAAUUUUAUGUGUGUGUGUGUGUGUGUGUGUGUGUGUGUGUGUGUGUGUGUGUGUGUGUGUGUGUGUGACGGGGAGAGAGAGAGAGAGAGAGAGAGAGAGAGAGAGAGAUCAAACAACUAUAUAAAUACACAAAUCUUUGCACAAAGUGACGCAUAGUACAGCUCUUAACAUGACAGGACAUUAUUUCCUCAUUUGUUAUUAAUGACUGCAGAAAUGUAGUGAGAGGACAAGACAACAAUUUAGAAAUGUGGUUAAAGUGAUCAUGACUGGUGUGUCAUCAUGUGUGGAAACCAAGACGUGCAGUAUUUACCACUGGACUGAAACCAAGCAUUAUGAACCAGUAGCAGGGUUCAGUGUUAACUGGACACGUGAGUUGCAGAGAGAGAUUGUGUGCAAAUGAGCAGACAUUGAUUAUUUUGGGGGUUAGACAAACGUCAUAUAGUAAAAUGCUUCUUCAUUUUGACUCCUUCUCUGCUCACUAAUGAAAUAACUCAGCCAAAAUGAGAGUCAUGUGAAUGUCCAAGCUAACAGUUAUUUUAGACCAUUUAUUUAACCAAGCUCAUAU